CUCAGUCUCACUCAUAUAUCGACAUUUAAAAUGGCGGCGGAGCUGCAAAUCUGAAAGAUGUCCGAAUCCUCAAUAACUCCUCCACCGCCGCCUAUUCCACCGCUUCAGACUUCACAAAGAGACCAUAUUCGUGAACUGAUCACCAUUGCCGAGAGCGAAGAAAGUAGCAGAAUAAGAGAUGUUCGUCACCAGUGUCGGCAGAUUGUCGACCAGAUUUCAGCUACUGAAGACGAGGGGGGCAUACAAAAAGACGAGAUUACCUGGGUGAUGUGCAACACCCCGGUUAAACCACUAAUGCAGGGAAACGCCCCAAGGUGUGGCCUGGUUGCAUUAAGCAUGGCUGCAAGUGUACCCACGUUCAAACAUCAGCAUAUCCAACUCGAUAACCACCACAAUAAUGAAACAGAACUCUCAGAACUUUUAACACUUGCUCAGAGAAGGGGUUACAGCAAGCAUGGUGAGAUGCUGUCCGCAUUCUACCUAUCAGCACUCGCUGAGGACUUUUAUGACCUGCAUUCUGAAGUGACCUGCGACACUUUAAGUGCAAAGGAAAAAGUUCUUAACCACUUGCUACAGGGGUGUCCUAUUUUGGUUCCAUAUGAUUCAGGGCCAAACCACGAACCAUGCCUUGUGAAUGGCAGAAAAGCACACUGGGCUGUCAUCUCAGGAUUCCUUUGUGGCUUUUGUGAUGAGGAAUAUAACUGGGAGGAAUUUAAAAGCUUUGCCCAUGUCAUCGGCAAUGAUGACAUGAUGCAUCUCCUUUACUCCAUUGAAAAUCCAUCGGAGGUGAACAUCACUCUGCCAAAGAACAUCCAGGAUCACAUUUACUUGCUGGUUAAACAGUCCAAGUCCAGGCACACAGCUGUCUGGUCACUUAAUGCGCUGGAGAAAAGUAACUGCAACUUGUUUGAGUUCGGCCGUAAAAAAGGAGAGAGUAUUAAUAAUUUUGUGUUACCAGAGGGAGGUCUUCGCGAGGGAUUGAAUGGAAAAUUGGUGUUUUUGACAAACAAAAAAUGAUUUGUUUUGCUAUUGUUUAUAGAUACUUUAGAGAAUCUUAUGUUAUUAAUUAUUUUAUUUAUUGAAAUUAUUGCCUUUGUAACACAUAGACCUUUACCAAAAGAAAUGCAGGGGAAGAUUGGUGAUCUUAGGUUGAUUUCUCAUAGGGGAUGCGGGCGUGGGGUCAGGGGCUCCAAUAUAUGAAAUAAUAUUAUGAUUGGUGAUGAAUCUGUGAAAUUGAAAAAAAAAUUCCUGUAAAUGGAGGGAGGGGGGCUUUACCCCCUUGACCUUGAAUCCAUGAACUAGCCACACACGAAACAAAAAGGGGGGAAUCAGACCUGUUUACAGAAGGUAAAGAAUCCUGAAUUGAGUAAGAGACUGGGAUAAAUAAGGAACAGCUGAUAAGAAUACUGUACAUCCUUGUUAUUAACUUACACAUCACAAUCACAUAUAUAUUCUAGUGAUGUUGCUUUUCUAAAAAAAGAUUUUGUUUUGUCUAGAUUGUAGUAAAUGAAAUAUUUGGCUCA